AUGCCCGACCAAGACUUGAGAGUGGCUCCGGCCGAGCAGGUUGUCCAUAAUGGUUCGACGUUGCCAGAGCAACAACAGCAACAGACGCCAGAGAAUGUAACUCCCAAGCGCUUCCAGGCCAUCUUCAGCUUUUUCCAGCUCCUGUUCUACGCCGACCCAACAUGGAUCGACGUCACGCUCUUUGUCGUGGGCAGCAUCACCGCCGCGGCCGCCGGCGUGCCCUUCCCCUUGAUGGGAAUCCUCUUUGGUCAGCUCAUUGACGAUAUGAACGGCGCAACGUGCUCCGAGGGCGUCGGGGAUACGGACGCCUACCAAGACGCGGUCAACGAAAAGGUGCUCAAGCUCGUGUACAUCUGCAUCGGCAGCUUCGCCCUGAUAUACUGCUACACCACCUGCUGGAGCGUGCUGAGCCAGAGGCUCGCCCAGCGGUUCCGGGAGUUAUACUUCCAGAGCCUGCUGAGACAGGACGUUGGCUUCUUCGAGAGCAGACAAGCAGGCGAGGUGUCCUCGCGCCUGAAUUCCGAUAUCCAGACUAUCCAGACCGGAACGUCGGAGAAAGUCGGCAUUUUCAUCGCCACCAUCUCGUUCUUCAUCACGGCCUACGUCAUUGGCUUCAUCAAGUAUGCCCCGUUGGCAGGCAUGCUGGUAUCCCUUAUUCCCGCGUACCUGAUCGCGUCCAUCGUGUGCGGUGGAUAUGUCCAGAAAUGGACAGGGACUAUGUCUGACGGCAUGGCGAAGGCAUCAUCUAUCGCAUCCGAGGCUCUGUCUCACGUCGCGGUAGUUCAAGCCUUUGGUGCGGGGCCCCGCUUGGAAGCCAAAUUCUCGUCACAUGUCAUGGUAGCCCAGAAGGAGGGCAUCAAGAAAGCCGUCGCUGCUGCGUCUCAGGCCGGACUGCUAUACUUUAUCGCCUACUCUGCGAAUGCCCUCGCGUAUUGGCAAGGCAGCAAAGCCAUCGCGGCGUCGGUGGCCGGGACGGGCAAUGGUACCUCGGUAGGCGACAUCUACACGGUCGUGUUCCUCAUCGUCGACGCUUGCAUCAUGCUGGGUACCAUCGCACCCCUAUUGCCCCUUUUUGGCUCGGCAGCCGCUGCGUUCCUCAAGCUCCGCGCGGAUAUCGAUUUGCAGUCCAGCAUCGAUUCCGUGACCGACGAGGGUGAGAAGCUACCAUCCACCAUCACCGGCGAGGUCGAGCUGCGUGGUGUGACCUUCGCCUACCCAUCACGAGCCGACACGGAUGUGCUUAAGAACGUAUCUCUCAUGUGCCCUGGUGGAAAGUACACCGCCAUCGUCGGUCUCUCGGGAAGCGGCAAGUCAACCAUUGCCGGUCUCGCCACGAGAAUCUACGACCCCAAAGCGGGCGCAGUUCUCAUCGACGGCCAUGAUGUUCGCACACUGAACGUGAGGAAUGUGCGCAGUUACAUCAGUCUCGUCCAGCAAGAACCAUCCCUUCUCGACCGUUCCGUGCUCGAAAAUAUCGCCCUCGGUCUCGUGAACUCACCAAGAGAGGAGCACCAGGGGCUUAAGGGGGCGCUCUACGGACCCAAACUCGGCCAGCUUGCCGAGGACCUAAUGAGCGGCGCGGACCUCAACACCGCGGCUCAGGCAUACGGACCAGAAGUGGUCGAGAUCGUCAGGCUUGUGCAGCAUGCGACCGAGUUGGCCGAUGCAACCAUCUUCAUAGAUCGUCUCAAGCACGGGUUUGGAACGUCCGUCGGCAGCGGCGGCAAGCUCGUCAGCGGCGGUCAGAGACAGCGUGUGGCUCUGGCGCGAGCUCUCAUCCGCGACCCAAAGAUUCUUAUCCUUGACGAGGCCACGGCGGCGCUGGACUCCGCCAGCGAGUACCGAAUCCAGAAGGCCGUUGAGAACGUCUCCAAGGGCAGGACGUUGAUUUCCAUCGCUCACCGGCUCUCCACGAUCAAGAACGCAGAUAACAUCAUUGUCAUGAACGCCGGAGACAUCGUCGAGCAAGGAACCCAUGCAGACUUGGUCGCACGCAACGGGGCAUACGCAAACCUCGUCAACUUACAAAACAUCCACGGGGUUGAAGAAGACGAGGCUCCAUCCCGCACCAGCACCGCCGUUGAAUCAUCGGCCGCCUCGAUCAACAUUGAGAAGCACGGCGUCGACCCCACGGACCUCGCCAAUGCCAUCGAAGCAGGAGCGGGAGGAAAGGAGCUCGAGAAACCCAAGAAGGCCAAGAAGGAUAAGAAGAAAUCCGCUGCGGAAGAACUUCAGGCUGGCGGCCUCGACACUGACAAGUCGACCUGGUGGAUCACGAAGCGAAUCGGCGUCAUGGUCCGCCCCCAUCUCCUUUGGAUCCUCCUGGCUGUCGCCGCCGCUUUCAUCGUCGGCUGCACUUACAGCGCGUCCGGUACUAUUUUCGGCUACGCUAUCGGCGUCGCGAGCCCCUGCAACGAGCCAAGCUACAUCUCGAGUAGGGGGGCCUUCUUCGCCGGCCUGUUCUUCAUGCUCGCCUGCGUCGAGCUCGUCGCGAACCUGGCCAGCUGGUCCGCCUUUGGCUACCUCGCCGAAAAGCUGCUGUACGCCAUCCGCGUACGCUCGUUCCGCUCCCUCUUUCGCCAGGAGCUCGAGUGGCACCAGUCCGAGAACCGCAACCCCUCGACGCUCCUGUCCGUCAUUACCAAGGAUGCUGCGGCGAUUGGUGGUUUUAGCGGCUCUAUCAUGGGCACGAUAUUCGCCGUUAUCGUUAACCUAAUCGUGGCCAUCAUCUACUCUCACAUCCUGGCCUGGCGAAUCGCUAUCGUGUGUCUCGUCAUCAUCCCCAUCCUCCUCGGUUCCGGCAUUAUGCAGAUCAGGGUACUCUCAAGGUUUGAGGAGAAGCACGCGGGGGCAUAUGCUGAAGCCGUCGGCAUUACCGUGGAGUCCGUCAACUCCAUCAAGACCGUCGCCACUCUUUCUCUGGAACACGAGGUCCUCGGCCAGUACAAACGGGCCCUCGAAGGGCCAAAGAAGGAAAUCAUCUCAGCCAGCGCCAUCGCCAACAUCUGGCUUGCCAUCGCCAACAUCACGGGCAACGUAAUCUACGCCUUUGCGUACUGGUGGGGCUCGAAGCAGAUUACUGAGGGCCGCGCAACGCAGACCGAGUUCCUCAUCAUCCUCGUCGCAAUGCUCGUCGGCGCUCAGCUCUGGGGCCAGAUGUUCAGUUUGGCGCCUGAGGUGACACGCGCCCGCAUGGCGGCGUCCCGGAUCUUCAGUCUUCUCGACCUCGACAAGUCCGAGGUCAGCAAUGAGGAUGAAGCAUCUCCCAGGAGCAGGGAAAAGGACGUCGAGGCCAUCGCCGAUCCUGGGCCUCGCCCAUCCCCGGGCCGAGGCGGCAUGUCCGUCGCCUUCAAGGGCGUUUCCUUCUCCUAUCCCGCUCGGCCCGAGGUCCAAAUUCUCGAGAAUAUGUCCUUCACGAUCCAACCGGGCCAGUUCUGCGGACUGGUCGGGCCAUCAGGCGCCGGAAAAUCCACCGUCAUGGCCAUCGUCCAACGCAUGUACACGCCCAGCGCCGGGACGAUCGAGGUCGACGGCGCCGACAUCUCCAGCUUCUCCACCACCAGCUUCCGCGACGACAUUGCCGUCGUCCCGCAAGACAGUGCCCUCUUUGAUGGCAGCGUGCGUUUCAACGUCGGUCUCGGUGCGCGCCCUGGACAGGACGCGACGGACGCCGAGAUUGAGGAGGCCUGCCGCCUCGCCAAUAUCCAUGACGUCGUCACCGCCCUCCCAGAGGGCUACGAUACAGAAUGCGGACCCAACGGGUCGCAGCUUUCCGGAGGACAGCGCCAACGCAUCGCUAUUGCAAGGGCACUUGUAAGGCGGCCGCGGCUGCUACUACUGGACGAGAGCACGAGCGCCCUUGACGCCGAGAGCGAGAGGGCGCUGCAGGACGGGCUGGAGCGUGCGGCCCGCGGCAUCACGGUUAUCGCCAUCGCCCACAGGCUACACACGGUGCGCAAGGCAGACGUUAUCUUUGUCGUCGAGGCGGGCGGCGUCGCUGCCAAGGGCCGCCACGAGGAGCUCAUGGAGAAGAGCGAGAGCUAUCGCCUCAACGCGAUGCAGCAGAUGCUCGGUCACUGA